AUGGAAGACACAUUUGAAAAAUUAAGAAGAACUACGGAAUAACAAAUAUAAAUAGCCAAACAUUCUUGCGAGUAAAUUAUGGAAAGAUAAAUUAUUUAGUUAUUGUUUAUAAUCUGAUGUUAAUGCUGUUGCAUAAUGUUUAACUUGUUAGAGAUGGUAUUGCAAUGCUGCAACAAAAAGUGGAUCACACAUAAUAUUACAUUUAAUUAAGAAUAAACACAGUUAAAUCAGUUUGCAUAGUAAAAAUAAAGUGGAAAUAACUACAAUCGAGUGUUAUUGUUGUGAAUAGAAAAAUUUGUUCACUUUAGGAUAAGUUAAUGGUAUUAAUAGUUUUUUUUGAUUUAUUUUAGUAAAAGUGGAAGAAGAUGAAAAUAUAUUGAUUAUUUGUAGAGGUUGUCUACCAUUGAAAUAAUUAGGAGAGAUUACUUGGGAUUCAAAUGAUUUUUAGCCAUUAAUCAAAGAUAAAAGUAUUUAAGAUUGGUUGUUAGGAUAAGGAGAUAAAUUAAAUGUAAUUCAUGUUUUCAUUUUACUAUUAGUCACGUAUGGUUACUUUGGAACGUAUAAAUCAGUAUGAAGAGGAAAGAAAAACAAAAUAAGGAUUGAAAUUUGAAGAUUUGGAUAGAAAAGGUCCAAAUUAAUUUUUAAAGGAGGUAUAAUUAAGAUAUAAAGAUGCUAAUCAUUAUUAACAAGUAUUUUCACCAUUAGUGAAAUUGGAAGAAGAAUAAGAUAAAUAAGUAAAAGAAGGUUAAGUUUUAUAAAGUGUAAAAGUAAAUUGGGAUUUGAGUUUGAAGAAAAAGAGAUUAGCUUAUUUUUUAUAUGGAGGUAGAGAAGAAUUUGAUACAAAUACUUUAUUAGGAAAUGAAAUGUUAUUGAGUUUAAAAACAGGGAGUAUAAAUUGGUAAUCUAAAGGAACUGUGAUUAAAGUUAUUAAUAAUGAGGAAAUAUGUUUGGAAUUACAUUAAAGUGAACCUCCUCCUAAUAAUAUAGAAGAAGGAUAUACAGUUGAAUGUAUAUGGGUGUCAACUACAUUUAAAAGAAUGCAAAUAGGCUUAAAAACAUUUCUUACUUAAAGUAGUUCAACUAGUAAUUAUCUAUAUAAAAUGAUCUUGGGUAGAAUUGAUACUUUGGCUCCUCCUACUGCUGUUGAAAGUAUACCUUAAAAGUUAUCUGCUCCCAAUCUACCAGAUUUGAAUGUUUAUUAAGUAGAUGCAGUUAAGAAAGCUUUGAAAUCUCCCUUAUCAUUAAUAUAAGGACCACCUGGAACUGGUAAGACUGUUACAAGUGCCACUAUUGUCUAUCAAUUAGUUAAAGCAUUGGAAAAAUAAAAAUAAAAAGGAUAAAUUUUAGUUUGUGCACCAAGUAAUAUUGUUGUAGAUUAAUUGGCUGAGAAAAUUAAUAAAACAGGUGUUAAAGUAGUUAGAUUAUGUAGUAAAACAAGAGAAAGUGUUAAUACAACUAUUGAAUUUUUAACAUUACAUAAUUAAGUGAGAAGUUUGGAUAUUCCAUAAUAUCAUUAAUUAUAAGCAUUUUAUGAAUUACUUGAUUAAUAAGGAGAAUUAGAUUAAAAGGAUGAAUAAGUAUUUAUAAGAAUGAAAGAUGAAGCAGAAAAAGAAAUUAUUGAAUAAGCAGAUAUCAUUUGUACUACAUGUAUUGGUUCAGCAGAUAAAAGACUUAAAGAUAUGAGAUUCUUAUAUGUUUUAAUUGAUGAAGCAACUUAAGCUAUUGAACCAGAAUGCUUAUUACCAAUGUUAAAAGGAGCUAAACAUGUAAUCUUAGUUGGAGAUCAUAGAUAAUUGGGUCCUGUUGUUUAAAGUAGAGAAGCAGCAUCUGUAGGUUUGGAUAGAAGUUUAUUUGAAAGAUUAGUAUAAUUGGGAAUAAGACCUGUUAGAUUGUAAGUUUAAUAUCGUAUGCAUCCUGAAUUAACAGUCUUUCCAUCUAAUACAUUCUAUGAAGGUACAUUAUAGAAUGGAGUUACUAUAAGUGAUAGAACUCAUUCUGGUAAUUUCCCUUGGCCAAAUAAAUAAAAGCCUAUGAUAUUCAUUAAUGUAUCAGGCUAAGAAUAAUUAUCUGCUUCAGGCACUUCAUAUCUUAAUACUUAAGAAGCAGUUACUGUUGAACAAGCAGUUUAUUAUCUUUAUUAAAAUACUGUUAAAUUAAAUAAAAUAGGAAUCAUAACUCCAUACAAAGGAUAACGUACAUAUAUAACUUCUUAUCUAUAAAAGAAUGGACAAUUACCUUAUAAUCAAUAUAGAGACAUAGAAGUUGCUUCAGUUGAUGGUUUCUAAGGUAGAGAGAAGGAUUUCAUUAUUAUUUCUUGUGUUCGUUCAAAUGAUACAUAAGGUAUAGGUUUUUUGACAAAUCCAAGGAGAUUGAAUGUUACAAUAACUAGAGCCAGAUUUGGAUUGAUAAUCAUUGGAAAUGCAAGAGUAUUAUGCAAAGUAUAUUAUAUAUUAUAUAUAAUAGGAUAAUCUAUGGAACAAUAUGUUAAAUCAUUUUAAAGAUUUGGAUUUAUUGAUGGAGGGUUCAUUACCUAAUUUAAAAUCAAGUCAUAUGAAAUUUAGACCACCAUAAAAGUUUAUUCCAGAAAGACGUAAUAAUACAAUGAAUGGAAUCAAUGAUGAAAAGAGUGUUUAUUCUUAUGCAUAAACAGGUAAAUAUUUUAUAUAUAUAUAUACUAUUAUAGACAAUCUUAAUCAAUUUGAUCAUGAUUUGGGAGAUUUUCCAUUGACAAAGGGAGUUAGGAAUAGUGAAUUUGGUUUCAAUUUUAUACCAGAUACUUAGGCAUUUAUCAAAAUAGCUGAUUAAAAUGAAAUUAGAAGAAAUUAAGAUUUACAAGAUAUUGAUAAAUCGAAUAUUAUUAAUAUUGGACAAUUACCUUAAUCAAUUAUGUAGAUUGGAACAUUCUAAAAUGAUUUAUAAUUAGAUUUUUGAU